UUCACCCACUUCUCCUGUUUCCACUCUCCCCAUUUCCCCCACUAACCCAAUUUUUUUUUUUUUGCUAUUUAUCGAAAUACCUCUCUCUGUCUGUCUCUUCAUCAGAGGCAGACCAUGGCGUUUCAUCUCCUUUCCUUCUGCUUCUUCCUCUUCCUCAUCAUCUCCACUAGUCCUUCAGAAGGUGGUUCUAUUGGAGUGAACUACGGGCGAGUAGCGAACAACCUUCCAUCAGCAACGAAGGUGGUGCAGCUCUUGAAAGCUCAAGGACUAGACCGAGUCAAGCUCUACGACACCGACCCGGCCGUCCUCCACGCCUUGUCCGGCAGCAACAUCAAGGUCAUCGUUGCCUUGCCCAACGAGCUCCUCGCCAGCGUGGCCAAACGUCCCUCCCAGGCCUACACAUGGGUCCAAAAGAAUAUCGCUGCUUACCACCCUUCCACCCAAAUCUACGCCAUUGCCGUUGGGAAUGAGGUGUUCGUAGACACCCACAACACAACCACCUUCCUCGUCCCAGCUAUGACUAACGUCCACGCUGCUCUGGCCCGCUUCAACUUAGAUUCGGAAAUCAAGGUCUCUUCCCCAAUAGCCCUUUCCUGCCUCCAAUCAUCCUACCCUUCCUCAGCUGGAGCCUUCCGGAACGAGCUGGUCGAACCCGUCAUAAAACCCAUGCUCGAAUUCCUCCGCCAGACCGGCUCCUACAUUAUGGUCAAUGCCUACCCCUUCUUCGCUUACGAAGCCAAUGCCGACGUCAUUUCCCUCGACUACGCCCUCUUCCGUCCCAACGCCGGUGUCGUCGACGCCGGUAGCGGACUUCGCUACUCUAAUCUCUUCGACGCUCAGAUUGACGCUGUCUUUGCUGCUAUGUCUGCUCUCAAAUACUCCGAUAUAAAAAUGAUGGUGACCGAGACCGGCUGGCCAUCCAAAGGCGACAAGAGCGAGACUGGUGCUGGCCCCAACAAUGCCGCGGCCUACAACGGCAACCUGGUGCGGCACGUGCUGUCAGGUGCCGGCACGCCUCUCCGGCCCAAGGAGGAGAUUGACGUCUAUCUCUUCGCUCUCUUCAACGAGAACCAGAAGAACGGACCAACUUCCGAGAGGAAUUACGGCCUCUUCUACCCCAACGAAGACAAGGUCUACGACAUUCCUCUCACAAUCGCUGGCCUGAAGAAGCAGCCUCAGCCCCAGCCGCAGCCGACGGACCAGACCAGCACCGGCAUUUCGACCAGCUCCUCCGGGAAGACGUGGUGCGUCGCCAACGGUAAGGCUAGCGAGCAGCGCCUGCAGGUCGCUCUUGACUACGCUUGCGGAGAGGGAGGAGCGGAUUGCCGUCAGAUCCAGCCGGGUGCCACGUGUUACGAUCCUAACACGCUCGAGGCACACGCUUCCUUCGCCUUCAACAGCUACUAUCAGAAGAAGGGCCGUGGGAUCGGUACCUGCGACUUCCAGGGUGCGGCCUAUGUCGUCUCCCAGCCUCCCAAGUAUGGAAAGUGUGAUUUCACGACGGGAUACUGAGAAGCUGGUUGGGACAAACGUCUUCAUGUGGAACUGAAGAGAGAGAGAGAGAGAGAGAGAGAGAGAGAGAGAGCGAUGUUGACAUGUAGAGAGAGAGAGGUGUUGGCAGAUCGCGUGUAGGAAUGCAGCCCAACUGAGUACGGUAUUAUUAUUAUUAUUAUUUAAUUAUAUUAAAUUAGAAAAAAAAGAAGAAGGAAGAAGAUAGUUGGGGAAGGGGAGAGAGCUGGUGAUGUUUCCUUGUUGUUUGAAUUUUCUUUGUAGCAGUAGUGUUUGUAAUUAAAGGCAUAUAUGUAUCUAAGACGAUUUUCAUUUCAUUUCCAUUUCUGUAUCUGUACUCUCUCUCUAUAUGAUUAAUGCUAACACAAUUAAUUGUACGGCUAA